AUGAAAAGGCCGAAACUUAAUGUUGAUGUACAAUCCUACCACAUGAUGUUAUUUCUGUAUGAUUUAUACUUUUCACCAUGUGCCAUUGAGCUCCGAUUGUCACAUGGAGGAGAAAAAUUUGAAAUUCAAUUGCGAUCUAAAAAUAAAUCUCAAGUUCAAAAGAUCCUCUCGCAAGAAACGUUGACAAACUUCCACAAUCAUACAAACACGCACACGUUUCAGCUGUCUGUCGUUUAUGGCCUGUAUCUGAACCACCAAAGAGAAUUUCAAUUUGAGUACAAGUUGAUUCAAGCUGUUACAAGCUUAAUGAAAAGGGAUCAAAACAACGGAAUGAUGAUGAGAAAUGGUCGAGUUUAA